AUGGCGCUCUCAGGCUCCCGUGGCCACGCUCCGCCUCUCGUGUCGCCGACCUCCUCCCGCGUCCCCGCCCACUGCGCCGCCGCCAACGGAGCCGCCGCCGCCUCCGAGCAGCAGCAAGGGUCGUGCCGGCGCCCUCAUCAUCACGCGAUGGACGACUCGGCCGAGGCUGAGCCUGAGGCUCCUCCAUCGUCGCUCCUUGCGACGGCCGCCUUCCGCCUCUCCCGUCGGCCGCCCUCCUCCCAUGUCCUCAGCUACCCGCGCCACGCCGCCGCCGACCAGCAACGGCUGCGCCGCCACCGAGCACCAGCAACGGGCGCCCUCUUGAUCUCCAACCGAGCAGCAGCAACGGGCGCACCACCGCCCGCCAGUGCACCACCGCCCGCCAGCGCACCACCGCCCACUGGCUACCACCUCGCGCCUCCGGCGCUCCACCGCCCACCGCCGGUGCUCCACUGCCCACUGCCGUGUUGUUCCAGAUACAGGGACCCGAUUGAUUUUUUUAAUUUUAUUUAG